AAAAAUACCGAAGUUCCUUGGUCACGUUUACAAAUGGCGACUACACUCAAAGGAAUAUUCUCAUAAAAUUUGAACAGUGACACGCUUUAGAUUUGUAUAAAAAUGGCAGCUAGACAGUAUCAUUUGAAAUUUGACAAAUCUGCGGCCUCUGCUGUGGAUGCAUAUGCUGAGUAUAAAAGAAUUGUGGGAGAUGAUGAUGGAGGUGUUAUGUUUACACCUGAUCAGUAUGAAGAUUAUAAGAAGAGAGUCCUUCCAAUGAGAAUGCAGAACCGUGUGUUUGUAUCCUUUACUAAUUCCACAGGUAUGGACUGUAAGAUGAUUGGACCAGAAACAUUGUGCUUUUGUCAACAUAGAUUUAGACAACAUAAAACAGAUUUCACUACUAUUCCAACAGAGAGACCUAUAAUGUUACCAUGUAAAGUAAAAGGAUGUGGCUGUGUUAGUUACCACUAUGUUCCACAGAAUGGCACACAACCUAUCAGAUGUUCUUGUAAACAUUUCACAGAUGAACAUUCAGUUAAAAAACCACACAAAUGUAAAUUAAGUGUAUCAGGAGGCUGUAAGUGUUCAGAGUUCAGGAGUUCCUACACAUGUGGAUGUGGUGAACCUUAUCAUUCCCAUCACAUGAUAGCUGAGACUAAAGAUGAAAGGUUAGCUAGAGGUCAUCCUGUAGGUCAAGAUGUUCCAUACCAGGCCAUGGGUGGUCUAACAGGAUUCUCAUCAUUGAUGGAGGGAUAUAUGAGGUUGGAUCCAAGUGGGAUAGGUGCACCAUCAAAAGAGUUUUUAGAACAACCUAUAACCUCACAUGACCAUCCUUUCCUAAGAGCUAAUGUACAAUCCAUCAAGACACAUAGAAUGAAUCAGAGAGCUAUUAAAGGUGGCGCUGAACCAGAGAUAGAUGAAGAUUUAGCAGAGAGAAUGUCUGCCAUGAGACGACCUGAUGAAUCAGACAUGGAUUAUUUUGAGCGUCGUUAUCAAGAGAGACAAAAGGCUGAGAGGGAAAGAUCUCGUGCCAGAGUUGUUGCAGCAAGAUCAAAACCAGCCAUUGGAAAAAGGACAACUCCAGCAACUAAUCCUAAGUCAAAGUAAACUGAAGUUUCACUCAAUUCAUUUCAUCUGUCUCAAAUUCAAUACUGUGAUAUUCUAAGACAUAUCUUAAAUUGAAAUAUUUUGAUGAAGGGAUAUUUUGGCAGUUUGAUCACAAAGUAGUGAUUAAAUUUUAGUAUUGCAAGUUUUGGCACUAUGUGUUUGAUUUUUUCACUUGUGGAAACAACCCUUAUGAAAGCGAUCCCUUAAUUAGUUUCUGAAGACUUGUUAAGAUGUAAAACAUAUAUAUAGAUAUAUAUUUUUUCCCCAGCAAACAAUGUUUUUGGGGUUAUAUAGGAAUCACCCUGUCCCUCUCUUCAUCUGUCUAUCUGUCCAUGUGCCUUGAAAGCACAUCUAAAUGGUUGGGCAGAUAUUGAUGAAACUUGACACAGUUGUAGAACACUACCCAAGGAAAGUUAUAUCAUCCCAGUCCUACAUCUUGCCAGGGGAGUUAAUCAAAUUUUCUUCCUUAAAUAUUGAAUUAAGUGGUAAUAGUCUCUCAUAAGUCCAACUCCUCAUGAAUUGCUGGACAGAUAUUGAUAUUGAAAUUUAGUGUAUUUGCAGAACACUACUUGUGGAUGUUCAUAAUAAUCCUGUUCCAACUUGUACAUGUGGAGAUAAUCGAGAUAACUUACUUCAAUAUUCUAAUUGUAUUGUGGGCUGAAAAGGGGUAUCCUUUUUUUGAGUUCACUCUCAGAUCUUGUUUUUUUGACUUAAAUAUACUAGAAAUCCUCAAAGUGAACACUUUUGAUGUUGAAUUUACAAUUUAACUAAAUAUUGUAACCUAUUAUUUCUGAAUUUGCACUUUAAUCAGACCUAAAUAUUAUCAAAGCCAAAAUAUCCAUACUUGUGUUAUUCAAUUAAAGUGAGAUUUGAAUAUUUACAGUGUUUUUUUUCUUCACAUUUUUAACAGCUGUCUUUUCAAUGUCAAUGUCAGGAUUUCUUAUGGUCUUUUUACUAUUCUAUUCAAUGGAAUAGUUUUGUUUGAAAAGUAAUGAUACAUUUAUUUUAAUAUUUCUUUGAUAUUUUUAGAAAGUGAUUUUACAGUAGAACAAAUUUACUUGACUUGAAGAUAUUACAGGAAGGUGUUUAUUUUUGUGUCCCUGUUAUUGCAAAUUAUGUUUACUUUAUGGAUAAUUAAUUUAUUUAGCAUAAAUGCUGGAAUUUCAUUUGUGGUUUCACUUUGACAUUUUUCAUACUAAAAAAUGACUUAAAAGUCUCCACUUGACUCGAUUAAAAGUUGUUUUCCAUUACAAUUGGGAAAGGACAUAAUUUUACAUGCAUGUUUUUUAUUACUUUUAUCUUUAAUCUAAUUUUUGAUGCCACUUUUAAUUGGAUAAAAUUGCAACUAUUCUACAAAAUCCAAAAUAAAUAAUGCCAAAGUACUCUAAAUGUGUUAUUCAUCUGCUUCCUUCAAUAUUAUACACUUAUUUUUGAAAAAAAUAAUAGUAAUAUAUUUUGAAUCCACAUUAGAUGCUUACAUUUAUUAACUGGAUGUGCUAAUAUAUCACAUAGAAACUUAAUUUGUAGUCAUUAAGUCUGAAAUAGUACCAAAAUUUGGUUAUGCAGUGCUAUACUCAUGAUGAGAUUUUUUUUUUAUAAAAAUUGCCCUUUCAGUAUUUUUUGUUUAUUGUUAAUUUUGCAUUAAAAUAUUUAUGUUUUCAAAUAAAUGAAAAUAACAGAAA